UAGAAUAACUUUACAUACUCUAAAGGCUGAGGAAAAUCUGUUGUGUUGGAUUGUCAUAUAAUGGCUUAUACAACCUAUGAGACUUGGAUCUACCUAGAUACACAUUACAGUUUUGUAAAAAGCCAGUGAUUAAAAAAACAUAGCAAAAUGAUUGGACAAGCAGCUAUAUAUAUAUGUUUUAUGUGUGUGUGUGUGUGAGAGGAAACCUCUGCCCUCCUCAGUUUUUGUAGCUUCUUUUAUUCUAUUUAUUCUUUUAUACUGUCUUAUUAUUUUUUUUAAUAAAAAGUCAAUGAAGCAAAGAUAAAUAGCCAUUUUUGAGUGUGUGGCACAGACAUCCGACUGCACCAGGACUGGGUUUAUUGGACUGCAACAGCAUCAGAAGAAUUGUAGACACGUCUACUAGAAAUUCAGCUUAGCAAAGGACAAGCACAAUGAGAGAGUCUAAACCUGAAAGAAAAAUUGUACUUCUUGGAAAAACAGGAGAUGGCAAAAGCAGCAGUGGAAAUACAAUUCUUAGUAAAGAAAUCUUUACAACUGCAUCUUCACCAGAAUCUGAAACAGAUAAAAAUGCAACAGGAUCUGCGGUGGUUGGUGGAAGAAAAGUGACAGUUAUUGACACACUUGGUAUCUUUGACACACGGAUUGAGGAGGAGGUCAUCAAAACUGAGAUCGUUAAAUCCAUUAUUGAAUGCGCUCCAGCUGUUGAUGCCUUUGUCAUUGUUCUAAAAGUUGAAAGGUACACAAGACAAGAAAUGGAGAUUCUGGAUAAAAUUGUUGAGUAUUGUGGAGAGGAAAUCUUUAAACAUGCCGUUUUUUUAUUUACUCAUGGUGAUGAUCUGAAUGGUCAAACAAUUGAACAAUUUGUUCAGAAAAGUCCAAAACUACAUGAGCUUGUUGAUAAAUGUAGAGGUCGCUGUCACGUCAUUGACAAUAAACACUGGACUGACUGUCAUUUAGGGUACAGGAGCAACAAGGUUCAGGUAAAAAAUUUGCUGGACACCAUCGACAAGAUGGUGGAAGAGAAUGGCCAGUACACCAAUGAGCUAUUGUUAAAUGUAGAGGAAGAAAUUCAAGAGGUGAUGAAUAGUAUGCUCCUAGUUAAUUUGUCUACAGAAGAGAAACGAGAAGUAGCGAAUAAGAUUGCUGUCAUUAGGUUUGCAGGAGCUGCUACCGGGAUGCUGAUUGGAGCUUUUCUGGGCAUCGGUGUCGCAGUGGCCUCUGUUGUGAUUUUAUUCAGGGCAGCCAAAUUAACAAAAGUAUUCAAAGCAAUAAGCAUAGGGGUAACUGCUGCAGUGGAUGCAGGAGUAGCAGUGGAGACAGGAGCUGGUUCAGGAAUCGCUGUAGGUGUCAUAUUGGGAACUGCUGCUCUUGCAGGAGCGAUCGGAGGAGGAAUCACAGGAUACAAAGCAGCAAAAGAAGCUGACUCUGUGCUUGAUGCCAUUAAGAUUGCAGCUGAAGUUAAUUUAGAAAAUGCAAAAGACGUUGUUAAAAAGGCAGAAGAACUGCCUUCCAACGUUUAUAAGAAGUUUCAAUAGAAUAUAAAUGAAAUACAACUAUUUGGCGAGCAGGCCAAAAAGUUUCUUCUUACGUUAACUUAAACAUUUUCUUUAACUGUUUAGCAUUAAAUCAUAAAGGAUGUUUGCUAAAAUUGAUGGAUGUGGUACAGACCUAUUUAGAAAAUAUUCUACCAGCCACCACUGGUGUCAGUUGAUGCUUCAACAAAUAUUACUAAAGUCUGUUGCUUGCUUUUGAGUGGACUUAUUACUAAUAUACAUUGGUUUUUAAAUGGAUUUCCUCAAUGAUUUGAUUUCCUCAAAUGAUCUGAGAUCUACUAAAGUAGAUCUGAAUUACUAUAUGCAGUACCAUGUCAUGUAUGUACUGUAUGUCACAUACAUGACAUGGUACUAUAUGUAGUUAUUCAGAUCUACUUUAGUUUUUACCUACAUUUACACAAUUCAUAAAAUAUAAUUCAACAUAUAUGGUUAGUUAUGAAGACAUGUUCAUGUUGUAAUUAGUUAUGGGCAACUCAUGACGCUAACUGUUGAUCUUAAACUUUUCAAGCAUGUUUAGCUUAAACUGAUUUUGCGUGUGCCUUUUAUUACUAGUGACUGUUCAGGUCUCAAAGCACAUUUGUAUUUUUCUUUUUCUUUUUUUGUAAUAAGUAUACAAAGUUAACGGCAUAAUUUUUUUUCAGUGUUUCUGCAUAUUCGUUACAUGGGGUCAUGUGUCAAAAUUACAGCGCAUACAUUCGAAUUAGUUGUUAGUUGAACAGUGGGCUGCUCAGUUAGCACAGCUGCUAGCCUCCCAGCUACAAAUUUUUCAUGUUCUGUUAAUGUUUUCAGUGGCAAGUUUUAUUUAACUUCCCAGAAUGUUCUGCUAAAAGGUAGGAUAACAUUCUAAAAAUGUUUAUUGAUAACAUUGUUAGAACAUUAUCCUCUAACAUUCUAAUAAAGCUUCCCAUCACAUUAGAUGUGGACUUACAUUGCUCAGAUGUCAAAUUUUGGUUGAUGUCAAGCUCCAGCAUCAUUAAGUAACUCCAAAAACGGCAUUACCAGCUUCACUUAUUAUAAACCAGAUUAUUCUGUCAUACAUUUACACAAGUUUAUAUUGAGAUAUACAGAGGUUUAGAUGUUGAUGUCUGUUUGAAAGUAAUAGCUUGGUUUAAUGGCACCAUUAUGGCAAUAAGCAUUGUGCAAUUUGUAACUUUUGUCUCAAUAUAUAUAUAUUUUUUAAUUUAAUUUUUUUUGGCGUAGUAGAUAAAUAAUGUCUUCAGUAAAGUCUUACAUUAACUAUCACUCUGUAUGUUUGUUGGUCGUAACAGUCUCUCCUGCAGUGGUUACUAACCCUGGUCCUGGAGUCCAAUCCAACACUGCGCAUUUUCAACCCAACCUAUCAUCAAUAUAUAUAUAUAAAUAACAUGACUUUACAUUGUCCAUUUGUAUGUUUCCAAUUGCUCCAAUUAACUUUGGUGGAGAGUAUGCGUCCAAAUACCAUGCAUCAUUUUCAAUGGCAAUGAUGUCACCAGGCUCAGUUUGUCCAUUUACAUGAUUGUCAUACAUCUUAAAACAGGUAAGUGAAGUCAUAUUGUUACAUGGGGUCAUGUGUCAAAACGACGGUGCAUGCAUUCAAAUUAGUUGUUAGUUGAACAGUGGGCUGCUCAGUUAGCACAGCUGCUAGCCUCCCAGCAAGAAAUUUUCUGUUAAUGUUUUCAG